UAAUUAAGCAGUUACUGUUGUACAGAACUGUGCUUCUCCUCAGACUCUCACAGUUCUCUUCUUUCACACACAAACACCAACCACAAAAAAAUUAUAAAAAAAGAAAGAAAAAAAAAAGAAAUGAAAAACAGCUUUGGAUUCAAUUUUUGACCAUUCUCCUUCUUCAUUCAUUCAUUCUUCAUCAUCUUCUUCUCUUUCACCAUUCUCAUUCUGACUGUUGUUUACUCAUAUCAUAUGGCUUCAGUUACCUCUCCCCUCUGCACGUGGCUUGUUGCUGCUUGCAUGUCAGUCACGUGCGACUCUCACUCCUCUCAUCGUAGGAAGAAGCUCCGUCUCCCCCUUUCCGUACUCUCUUCUCCCAAUCGACUGCCCCGUUCUGGUAAAGUAAUGGCAGUAGCUCUGGAACCUGCUCAAGAAGUUACACCAAUGAUCAAACCUCCUAUAAAGCAAAGGCGAGUAGUUGUGACCGGCAUGGGUGUGGUAACACCACUUGGUCAUGAUCCAGAUGUCUUCUACAAUAAUUUACUUGAUGGUGUUAGUGGGAUAAGUGAAAUCGAUGGUUUUGAUUGUGCAGAAUUUCCAACGAGGAUUGCUGGUGAGAUCAAGUCUUUCUCAACUGAUGGAUGGGUAGCACCAAAGUUUUCAAAGAGAAUGGAUAAAUUUAUGUUGUAUAUGCUGACAGCGGGAAAAAAAGCCUUGGUUGAUGGUGGGAUUACCGAAGAAGUAAUGAAUGAAUUAAAUAAAGCAAAAUGUGGUGUUUUGAUUGGCUCAGGAAUGGGUGGAAUGCAGGUUUUUUAUGAUGCCAUCGAAGCUUUGCGAAUCUCAUAUAAGAAGAUGAAUCCUUUUUGUGUACCCUUUGCAACAACAAAUAUGGGUUCUGCCAUGCUUGCAAUAGAUCUGGGGUGGAUGGGACCAAAUUAUUCAAUAUCAACAGCUUGUGCUACAAGUAAUUUUUGUAUAUUGAAUGCUGCAAACCAUAUAAUUAGAGGUGAAGCUGACGUGAUGCUAUGCGGUGGAUCAGAUGCUGCUAUAAUACCCAUUGGCUUGGGUGGCUUUGUAGCAUGCAGGGCACUCUCACAGAGAAAUCAUGAUCCUACUAAAGCUUCACGCCCUUGGGAUAUUAACCGUGAUGGAUUUGUCAUGGGGGAAGGAGCUGGAGUUUUGCUUUUAGAAGAAUUAGAGCAUGCUAAGAAAAGGGGAGCUAACAUAUAUGCAGAAUUUCUUGGUGGAAGCUUCACCUCUGAUGCUUACCAUGUGACUGAGCCACGUCCUGAUGGGGCUGGUGUUAUUCUUUGCAUUGAAAAGGCUUUAGCUAAUUCUGGAGUUUCUAGGGAGGAUGUGAACUACAUAAAUGCACAUGCUACAUCCACACCUGCUGGAGAUCUUAAGGAGUACCAGGCUUUGAUUCAUUGUUUUGGGCAAAAUCCUGAGCUAAAAGUGAAUUCAACAAAGUCUAUGAUUGGCCAUCUACUAGGGGCAGCUGGUGGUGUGGAAGCUGUAGCAACUAUACAGGCAAUAAAGACAGGGUGGGUUCAUCCUAAUAUCAAUCUAGAAAACCCAGAUGAAGCAGUGGACACCAAUGUGCUUGUGGGAGCAAAGAAAGAGAGACUGGACAUCAAGGCAGGCCUGUCAAAUUCAUUUGGUUUUGGUGGCCACAAUUCUUCGAUCAUAUUUGCUCCUUUUAAGUGAAACAGAUUUUACCAAGUGUAUUACCUUCCAAUCAUCAUUAACAAGUUGCUGAGUAACCAGGCAAUGUGUUGCAUUUGCAUAUUCAUACUACUCCUUUACUUGAGUAAAAAUGCCUCUGCUGUGGUGUGGAUUGCUUACUUGGAUCAUAAAUAUGUUCCCAAAAUACUGAUGAGAUGUCCCUCUAGAAUCAGAACUUCUAGAGAUUGUUUGGUGCUCCUAGUGAGAUGGAAUUGAGUUUAUCAGCUGCUGAAAAAAUUUCCUGUCUGACCAUGAAUGACUAGAGUAGGAGUUGACACUGAUGUAACCGUUACACUAUGAAAAUGUGGAUUAAAUUAUUUGUAUUGUUUUGUUAGCUGGCAAAAGAUUAGGUGACAUUUUCAAUUUUCAUUGAAAUUUAUGCCUACGAGGUAGAUUUCAAUUUAAUGAGUAUGAGUAUGUUGUGUUUUGAAACGUGGAACUGGACACCAGAUUAGUCUAUAAUAUAUAAUCUGAAGAUAUGUGGCAGUAGUCGCUAUUUGAUUAGAUCUUUUUUGUACCUCUAUGUAGUGGCCAACAUUUGAACCCUAGCAUCUUUCUUGAGUCACUUCAUCAUUAUGUUGUUAACUGUUGAGGUGGUUCACGAAAAGGACUUAGCAAGAGGAAGGUUGUGAUUGGUGUGAAUGUGUGAGCGAAACAUUGCUUCAAAAUCAUUCAUGGUUUCUUAUUUUUACUUUUGACCUAUGUCGGCGAAUGUAUUUAAUAAGAUUGAUUAUAAUUUUGGUUCUUUA